CACGACGCCGCCUUUGUCUGCACGUUCACGGCCACGGCCUCGGACACCUGACUCGGCAUCACAAAGACCAGAGCAUGGCGUCAACCAUGACGCCAGCAGAGCUUCGCGCGUCGCUGGAGCGGGACGGUUUCGUGCGUAUACCACAAGUCCUGUCUCCCGACGAGCUCGAGCGUUACCGUGCCGCGUGUCAGCACGUUGUCCACAAAGCCCGAAAAGGAGAGUGGCCGUACGUGAGGACUUUGCCGAAGCAAUUUCCGCCAUGGAAUGCGGAAGAUGCACAGCAGAAUGGUAUAUGGGGAGUGCAACAUCUCCUGCAUCCUGAUAUGCCAGGCCGCGACCUCUUCGCAGAGUCAUACUUUCACGAGAAAGUGGUCGGCGUGGUUCUAGACCUGCUACAAUGUCGCAGAGACGAUUUGGUGCUCGAGCUGUACAAUAUGCUCUGCAGGCCAGAUCAUGACUUUGCGCUGCGGUGGCACCGAGACAACAUCGGACCGCAAGCAUCAGCAGAAGAAGAGCUGCGGCAUUUGCAGGAACCUAUCAUCCACGCACAAUGGAAUCUUGCACUCUACGAUGACAGCUCGCUCGUUGUAGUACCAGGUUCACAUAAACGAGCACGGACUGACAUGGAGCGAGGCGCUGACCCAUUCGAGGAUAACAUGCCAGGGCAGUUGGCAGUGAAAAUGAGUCCAGGAGACAUCGUCUUUUACAACAACAACAUCCUCCAUCGAGGCGUGUAUAACAGUAGUACGGAGAGAAUGACUUUGCACGGUAGCAUGGGCAUCACCAAGUCCGAUCCAGAACGUGCUCGCAAUAUCCUCCAGCACGGAAUCGGCACCUGGGCAUCCAAGGCCGACUUUUCGAAUCUGCCUCCAGAAAUGAGCAAGCUGGCGCAAGGUAUGCAGGCACGACUGAUCUCGAUGGGUUCAGGUGAUGGUGUUGGAUUCACCCACCAGGACUAACAGACAGUACGCCUCACCAUUCCGAAAGUAACGUGUCUUUUUGGUCUGGAAAACAUUGUGAUCAUGGGCUUGCCGGAUGAAUUGCAUUCACAACAAGCAAGAAUAAUCUUCGUCAAGCCGAUCAAUCAUCAGUCAAGCGUGGGCGAUGUCGAAUAAUGAAACACUUGCAGCCUCUUGAAGUUAUUGUACCAGAUUUCGCUAGUUGCAUGUACCAAAUUCAUUGCUCUCAAGCUCAAUUCAUAGGCAGA